CUUCUGCAAGUCUCGUGAACCAGAUUCUGCAGGGUCAGCACAGGGCAGGGAAGAUCAGCGCCAACUUUUCACAACAUUCCUCUGGCUUGGCCACUUCCAACAACUCAAGAGGGCAGAACAACCUAGACAAAACUGUGAAGAGAACUCAAGUGCUCGCAUUUCAAGACUCUUUUUGGCCCAAUUCCACUGGUGGAAAUUUGAGACCGUAAAAGUGCCCAAUUGACAUGUCCGUUUCUUGAUGUAAUCGCCAGACGCGUUUGUAUCUCUAGUGAGGGUGGCCCGGCCUAAUUAUCGAACAUCGUCAUCAAAGAUAAUAUUCGACUGACCAGAUCAAGAUAGAUCCCCCCACGGCUCCCGGCCCCGAGAUUUCUGUGCCACCAUCAGAGCCUAGAGCAAACACGCACCUACCUCUCUUAAUUCGCCCCAGCUGAGCAAUUUUUCGCCUUUUCUUUGACAAGAACAACAAAAUAAAAUAUGCUGCGAUGGUACCAAGCCCGGUUAGCGGCGCGUCCGCUGCUCACGCAAGCCGUGACGACCUCGAUACUGUUCGCCGUGGGCGACAUCGUGGCCCAGCAGCUCGUCGAGAAGAAGGGCGUUGAGAAGCAUGAGCUCGCCCGGACGGGCCGCAUGGCUCUCUACGGCGGGACCAUCUUCGGCCCCGCCGCAGCGACCUGGUUCAGGUUCCUGCAGCGCAAUGUGAACUUCAAGUCGGCCAACGCGACCAUCCUGGCGCGCGUGGCCUGUGACCAGGGCAUCUUCGCGCCGACCUUUAUCGGCAUCUUCCUGUCCAGCAUGGCCGUGCUGGAGGGCACCUCGCCCAAGGAGAAGCUGGAGAAGAACUACACCAGCGCCAUGGCCAGCAACUACUGCGUCUGGCCCUUUGUCCAGCUCGUCAACUUCAAGCUCGUGCCCCUGCAGCACCGCCUGCUGUUCGUCAACGUCAUCAGCAUCGGCUGGAACAGUUAUUUGAGCUACCUGAACAGCUCGUGAAGGGGGGGCGGGGGGCAUCGAUGGGGAAGGAUAAUCGAACGGGGCUUGCUUGGUUUAGAUCAUUUCGUCAUGGGAUGUACUGUACAAUCCGCUAUAGAUUCGGACGUUCUACCUGGAGCCAGCGUCAGGGUCAGACAAGGCGUUUAUGGAUAGGUCUGGCAUUGCGGUGCAUUAUAUCAGGCAAAAUUGACUUCCAUUUGUGUCAUUCAA